UAUAUAUAUAUAUAUAUAAUACAUACAUAUGUACAUAUAUACUAUACGAAUUUAUUUUUUGGUAUUGCACGUUACUUUUAUUCUGUGCAUUCAACAGCAGUCAGCCUAUACACAAGCGCGCAAGUUCACCUUCAAUACUUUUGCGGUGGCACAUCACUAAACCACUUUUGCGCAAUUCAGUCGUCGGUUGGCAUAUCAUGCAACACAUUGCUUUGAUAUUGCAAAGUUUUAUUGAUUAUACCUAACAAAUCGAUUUAGUGUUAUAUAUAAUAAUUAAAUUGUGUUUGGUUUCUUGUUGCCACUAUUUACAAUGUAUAUCUACGAGCCACCAACUAAAAACUCGUUUACCACUGUGGAAGAAUUCCAAGAAGCCUUCAAUCUCUUCGACAAUCGUGGUGAUGGCAAAAUUCAAUUGAGUCAAGUGGGUGAGUGCCUGCGUGCGCUCGGUCAAAACCCCACCGAAUCGGAUGUGAAGAAGUGCACACAUCAAUUGAAGCCGGAUGAACGCAUUAGCUUCGAAGUUUUUCUACCCAUCUACCAGGCGAUUUCAAAGGCGCGUUCUGGUGACACUGCUGACGAUUUUAUUGAAGGUCUCCGUCAUUUCGACAAGGAUGCCAGCGGUUUCAUUUCAUCAGCUGAACUGAGACAUUUACUAACCACAUUAGGUGAGAAACUGACCGAUGAAGAGGUCGAACAGCUAAUGACCAACCAAGAGGAUACACAGGGCAAUGUGAAUUAUGAAGAAUUUGUGCGUAUGGUCAUGAAUGGUUAAGUGAAAGUGUCGUUGUUGUAAUAGUGGCCUGCAUUUAAGUAAUUAAAAGUAAUAUAUAUAUAUAAUGAACAAGUUUAUAAUUCCCUUUACAUGCCUACCUGUUUCAAUAAUAAUUAAAUAAAAUCGCUUAUUAACAAGAAAUUAAAAACAAAGUAAAUUAAAUUAAAAAGUAAAUAUUUAUAUGAAACCGAAAGUAUUCCGCAUGCAUAUGAACAUACAUAUGCUGCCAAUUCGAGAAUUUUUUGUGAACUAAUUUUUAUACAUUCAUAUACUAUAUUAAAUUGUAUUGUUAUUGAUGCGCAAUGUAGCUCUUUAAUAUGUUCGAACUUGCUUGCUACAUGCAUCAAGGCAACAUUUGCAUAUCCCACUAUAUUAAAGAUACGAACACCUAAGUUUAUAACGGCGUAUUAUUACUUAUGUAUGUUUAACAAUAAAAACAUUCAACUAAUUUUUAUAAAAAAAUUUUAAAUGGAAA